UCUGUUUUAGAGACACGUGUACACAAGGAACCAGGAAGUGGCUGCCGGAUUUGGAUUGUCGGUGGUGGCUUGUAGCAAGUGGGGUCUCCCACAAGUGGUGCAUUUAAUCAUCAACCCCAGGCACGCUCAGUAUGUUAUUGGGUUACAAUCCAGUGUUGCAAGCACUGCUAGGAACCUUCCUGACGUGGGGAUUGACUGCCGUGGGCUCUGCGCUUGUGUUUAUAUUUUCCAGUGGGCAGAGACGGAUCCUGGAUGGCAGCCUGGGCUUUGCUGCAGGGGUCAUGCUGGCUGCUUCUUACUGGUCCCUCCUUGCACCUGCCAUUGAACUGGCUGAAGACUCUAAGAAGUUUGGGGCCUUUGCAUUCUUUCCUGUAGCAGUUGGCUUCACUUUGGGAGCGGCAUUUGUGUACUUUGCAGACUUUCUUCUCCCUUGGCUGGGUAUCAGUGAACCUCCAUACACAGCAUUGGCUUUGGGCUGUGAUUCAAGAAUGGUGAAAGAGAAGUAUGAGCACCAACCUCUCCAUCACCAGGAGGAGUAUGACAACGAGCUGUCCAUCCGGAUAGGUAGAACUUCAGUGCAUGCAGACAAAGGUGAAAAUGGGGAACCUUACCAGAGGAGGAAAGGUCCUGGAGGAAGCCAGCCUGAUGCUCCUGCUCCAUCCCACAUUCUCAAGAGCAGCACCCCAGUGCCAACAAGCAACAGCUGGAGGAGGAUUAUGCUUCUCAUCAUAGCAAUAACGAUACACAAUAUUCCUGAGGGUUUGGCAGUUGGUGUUGGAUUUGGUGCUGUUGGGAAGUCAGCAUCUGCAACCUUUGAAAGUGCCAGGAAUUUAGCAAUUGGGAUUGGAAUUCAAAACUUCCCAGAGGGGCUAGCUGUCAGCCUUCCUUUACGUGGAGCUGGAUUUUCAACAUGGAGAGCAUUCUGGUAUGGUCAAUUAAGCGGUAUGGUGGAGCCAUUAGCUGGCAUUUUUGGUGCUGUGGCUGUGGUACUAGCAGAACCUCUCCUCCCCUAUGCCCUGGCUUUUGCUGCUGGUGCAAUGGUAUAUGUGGUGAUGGAUGAUAUCAUCCCAGAGGCACAGAUCAGUGGCAACGGGAAGCUGGCUUCCUGGACCUCCAUUUUAGGAUUUGUGGUCAUGAUGUCCCUGGAUGUUGGACUUGGAUAACAGGAGAUGCUUUCUUUCCUUACAUUCUUGAUUUUCAGAAUCUGUUAAUCUGGGCAAAUCAAAAGCUGGAACUGGGACUUUGUGUAUUACAUCAUUGUACUGAUUUGGGCUGAUGUUGAUUGCUUGAAUGAUGUGGACUUUUUAUUUGCCCUAAUACAGAGCAGGUAGCUAAAGGACACACAGAAUCCUCCCCCCCUCCCCUCCCCCAUCUCCAAUUUGUAAUUUUCUUGUUGGGAUAUCUGUAGGAAAAUAUUGAUGGAUCUGCAAGGAACACGGGUUUUCAUAUCCAUAAAGGUCAGGUCUUAUCAAUGAAUAUCUUUGCUGUGUGUAAACUAAACUUGUAAUGUGCUAUAAUUGAAAGGAGCAAUCUUGAAGAGAUAAAAGUCUCAUGUGCUGCUAUUGGCACCCACCUACACAAAUGGUGUAACAAUGCAUUCUUCGGGUCUUUGAAAAUAUUGCGAUUAUUCUCGUUGUUGAACUGAGUAAAACAGUUUUAAUCAGUAGCAUAAAUGGACUCUUAGAGGUGGGAGGGCAUGAACAUUCCUAUGUGGAUACUGUAAUUGAAGCCUAUUUCAAGAGUAAGCAUCAAUUUUUUUAAAGGCAGGAUAUUUGUGGCAAAUGUCUGAAGUGCCCAGCCUUCUUCAGAUCCAUUCUUUGCUCAGUAUGCAUAAUCUAGAUAGAAAAAUGACACCCCUCUUUUAGGCUUAUGUUGUUUUGUUCUUCUAGGGAAAAGAAAAGAGCUUCAAUGAAAUAUUAGUUUACUCUUUUGGCAGAAUUGACUGCUAUUUCCAACCAUUUUCACCCAGUGAAGUUCACUGAUGACUCCUUGAAGGUGAAUCAACAAUGUGUAUGGCCCCUUCCACACACACAAAAUAAUGCAUUUUCAAACCACUUUCACAACAGUUUGCAAGUGGAUUUUGCUAUUAUGCACAGCUUCAAAGAGUGCUGAAAGCAGUUUGAAAGUGCAUUAUUCUGCAUGUGUGGAGUGAGCCUAUGUUAUUCCUUACUAUCACAAACAAGGAGCUAUUUUAACAGUCCUUGGACAGUUUGCUAUUUUCUUAUGGACACAAACAAAGAUUAUUAGAAGGGAAUUGUCCAUUCUUCCUUAUUAAUCUGACGUAUCAAUAAUAGAAGUUAAAGCUCUGAGCAAAAGAGAUAGCAACUCUGCUUUGUGGUGAAAAAAGAAUUGAAUUAAUUGGCAUCUUGGCAGCUAACUUAUUUGUGUGAGGUCAAAAGCCCUCUGGUUUUAGGCCUGUAGCAUUUAUUCUAUCCAUCAAAUCCAAAUAUUAUAAAUCCAUAUCACUGGAGCCCAUUUUCCCAUAGGUUGUCGUAAGGUUCCUCACGAGAUUCUGUUUGAUAAUCAGUGCCUAAUCCAUGGGCAACAAAUUCUAGUCCAAGCUCACAAAGCAGAAUCUACUUGGCUUUCUCAUAACUACCACCCCCACCCCCACCCCCACCACCCAUGUUCUAAACUUCAGGAAGGAUGGGCAGGGGGAGAAGGUUGGAGAGAGGCUACCCAGGGAGACAAUUACUACCAGCCAGAAGCCACAGAGCUACUUCUACAGUUUGGGGAUUUUGAUUGUACUUGCCUGUACGUCCACAGAUUUGUGCCAAAUGAUUAGCAACUGACCUGACAUGUGGUUAGGCUAAAUAAAAGAGGAGAUCCAGAAUUUUACUGUCAUUUCCCUUAAUGCUGUUAUGUUUCUCUUAUCAAAAAAAAUAUUCUGCCCAAGUCUUAUGUAUCCUCUCAGCAAGCAUCACUAUUCAGGUUCAACUGAAGUUGGAUAUGCUUCAACAAAUUCUUGACCCAUCGAGCAUUGCAUCUGGUGACAGUGCACAUCCACUUGUUUACUGCAGUGAUAAAAGCCGGUGGCCUCUUUAGUUGGUACAACUGAACCCAACAAAGCAUGUUGUUUCAUAUUGUUGUUAAACUCUUGAUUGUAAAUUGAAGGAAAUCUACUAUCCAUUGUCUGGAAAUGACCUUGUGGAGUGAAUAGUAGAACCUGCACUUCUGACCACCGGAAACUGCCCUGCUUCUCCCUGAUCACAAACUCAUUGGUAUACUUUGAAUGGUAGGCUGCCAGGAUUUGGGCAGAAGGGAUUUGUACCAGUUUCAUUGUACCAGUCUGCCAAACCUGAUCGUGUGUAGCUUGAGAUCGACUCUGGCAUUCUCAGAACAAAAUAUUGAACAGACUGCUGAAACUUACCCAAGACCUCUUCUGCUUAUAACUUUAAAGUGGUUGUGACUCUAUCGGAGUUUCAACUGUAUUCAUUGGAGAGCAAGGCUUGCCUUUCUGUCAAGAAACCAGAACUGCUUAUCCAAUGGAAUUUUCUAAGAGAAACUGCCGUCUAGUGGAUGCACAAUUUACCUGACAGGAAGUCCCACCAAAUAUAGUACAUUAUACUGAAUAUAUGCAAGUGUUGGACUGAAAGAAGAGAGCAGGAGACAAUGGAAUGUUCUGAGUCAUCUGAGCAUGUGUAAUCAGAAUGGUUUAUUUGCCAUUUAUCAGAAGAGAAUGAUCAAACUUUGAUCUGAAGAAUGUUGAAGUGGGGACUUUCCUGCUAAUCUGAACCCACAGAAAUUUUCAAAUGGCACGAAAGGCUCCCUAAAGCAUGAUGGGAUGAGGCCAUCAAAAUCAGAACAUUAAGGCAAAAACCUGCAGCCCACUGAAAUCCUGCCGUUUUGUAUCUGGAAACCUUCCUGGUUUGUCCUGUGGGAUUUCAUCAAACAUUUCCCACAACAUUUGAACCUCACAAGGGCUAGAAACUUCCAAGAUGAAAAAAAGGUGGGGGGAGGAGAUUCUCAAGAAGCUAGACUUUGCAGCCAAUAUCAAUUGACGUCUUCUUGUAAAAUGUUUGUAUAGAACUGGAAACAUACACAGCCCUGACUGAAGUGAAUUAACUAUUGCUCAAAUUAAUGUGGGGGAAGAAUCAGCACUGGCUGUUAGAGGAUCACAUUCCAAAAUAAAGAAGUAAAUCGCAACAUAAAGGAUUCUAACAGAACAACCAAGCUGCUGAAGGACCCACUCAUCGUGUAGAAAAGAUAUCAGCUGAUGGGGGAAACAACCUGUCUGAAAGUGUCAGAAGAUCUUUUGCUUAUGACUAGAGGUCCACCAUGUGCAAGAUCCACAACAGGUGUCUGGUGGGCAAGAGGAUCUUGUUUUAUCAAUGGAAACACAGCAUGGGCUCUUCAGUUGGAAAAUGGAUAGCUCACUAGUAGCUAUGCUUGCUGAAUCCGUUAAUUUUGUUGUGCUUUUGCUGGAUUUUCAGCUUACAGAUGCUGCCUCCUUAUCUAACAUGGUUGGAUAUUUUCCUGCACUAGAGACUUGAAAACCACUUGUAGCAAACAAACAUUUAAUCACAUUUGAAUGUGUAUCGUCCUUCAGAGUUUGUCUAUUUUUAAUAGAAAUAGAUGAGACUUUCUCUUGCUUUUUUUAGUUCCCAGGUUCACCUGAUAUUUACCAUGUUCAUGGUUGGCUUGCUUUUUUAGUGCACACUUGUGCAUCAAUUGGGCAACUGGACAAGGAACAUCAAUUGGGCAACUGGACAAGAAACAUUAGGGAUUAUUGGAAAAACUGGGGUCAGUUCUUCAUGGAGUCAGAGCGACUUGCUCUUGGGAAAACUCAGGCGAUACAAAUUUUCUUUUAAAGGAAGAGAGACAGUUUUGCAGUGUAUAUUUCAGAAAGUCCAUCUGAAACAUAAGAAGCCAGCUGGUAUGAGCUCCGAGUAAAUAAGCUUAGGGAUAAGUUCCAAUAAAAUGUGGGGGGAGGAGUACAUUAGCUCCAUACCCUCUCUGAAGGGUAUGGAUGAAAGUAAAUCCUUAGCAGGGCUUAAAGAAGCAAAAGGAGUAAUGUUUCUUAUUGCGCUUGAACCUACCCAAUAUUUGGGUCAGGACUAGUAAAUUCAUAUUGCCAUUUCAGCAUCUUUCCCUUCUGUGCAAAACCAAUAAAUUAGCAUUACUGUCUUGAAAUAAAAGUGCUGCUGUGCUAGGUCUGCCUGCCUGGGUAUCUAGUUUUCUUCAAUGGCUGGUAGAACAAGCUAAAACGUAUAGGUAACCAUAGGGAAUAAACAAGUGAUAUAUGACUUAUCUGACAUGAUGGUGCUUAGUGAUCCCAAGCAAGUGGUGAGGACAAAUAAGAAAGAUGGUAUUUGAUAGGCCUGGAUUCAGUUGAACCGCAGUGUAGUCUCAAUGAAUUCCAAUAUCAAAGAGAAUAUUGGCCUGCAUGAGAAAUGAUAAAAGUCUGUGGUAUGUCGUGUAUAUGUCCUAAAUUUGCUGUUCCUAAUUUCUGGUUUACUGGUGUUCUAGUGAAAUAAAAAAAGAGGUUUUGUAUUUGUGUGCAUCGUAAGUCUGUUCAGAACCACUGAACUUAUUCCAACCCAAGUUCCAGUAAACUAAGUGCAAUUGAACUC